UAGAAGGACAGAAAGUCAGCAGAAUCUUCUUCCAUUGCUGUGCUGUAUUCCUCCCAAUGGCUGAACCAAGGUGUGAAACCUUCAUCUUCCUAGACUUGGAGGCCACUGGCCUUCCCAACGUCCAUCCCGAAAUAGCUGAGAUCUCUCUGUUUGCCAUCCAUCGCUUUUCUCUGGAGAACCCAGAGAAGGAUGAGUCGGGUUCCCUUCAGCUGCCUCGAGUCCUAGAUAAACUGACCCUGUGCAUGUGCCCUGAGCGGGACUUUACCCCAAAGGCUUCGGAGAUCACAGGCCUGAGUAAUCAAAACCUGACCAACAACCGUAAACCAGGUUUUGAUAGAACCGUUGUCAAAGCCCUUCAGGAAUUCCUCAAGCGGCAGGAAGCGCCAAUCUGCCUGGUUGCCCACAAUGGUUUCGACUAUGACUUUCCCCUCCUUCGGACUGAGCUGCAGCGCCUGGGUGCAGACAUGCCUGAUGGCACCCUCUGCCUUGACACACUCCCCGCACUGAAGGGCCUGGAUAAAGGCCACCACCAUAGCACCAGGGCGAGCCACAGCAAGAAGAGCUACAGCCUCAGCAACCUGUACCGCCAAUAUUUUAAUGAUGAACCCAAAGCUGCCCAUUCUGCUGAGGGAGAUGUUUACACACUAGUCAUGGUCUUUCUUCACAGGGCUCAGGAGCUCCUUCAGUGUUUUGCCACUGAAGCCCAGAGCUGGGAUGAGAUCCAACCCAUGUAUAUCUCUACCCGCAGGAGACGGAGUAGUCAAGGCCACAAUGACUGAGUUGCCCUCUCCCUACCUUUACAUCUAGGGUUCUAUAGUCAAGGCUAUGUUUUAAGGUGCCUAGGGGAGAAGAGGACCAGCAUUACUCUGGACAUCCCUGAAUUGGCAACUCUGAGAAAGGAGGGGCUUUCAGAAUCUGAGUUGGAAGAGACUUCAGAGAUCAUUGAGGUCAAUAAAAGUCCAUAUGUGAUCAAGAAUCUCUUCUACAACAUCUUUAACAGGUGGCUCUCCGGGUUUUGCUUGAAAUUAUCUAGUGAGGGGGAACCUACUACCUCAUGACCCCAGCAACUUCUUCCCUAUUGAUCCUGAUUCUGUUCCUCUUCCCUGGGAUAUCCCUUCGACAAACUGAGAACUCUUCUGUCCGUCCUAAGGCUUCUCUAGGCUCAUCAUUCUCAAUCCCUUCCAUUGAUUUUAGUAAAUAGAAUGAUCUCGAGACUCUCUUCUGGACACUCCAAGAACUGGCAAAUGAGAUUCCAGAUGUCUACCCAGGGCUGACUAGGGUUCACACAUUGGACAUAAUGCCUCUCAAUGGAACCUUUCAAAAUGAGCGUUUGGGGUUACCAUGCCACCUAUUGACUCAUAUUGAGUUUGCAAUCCACUGAGACCCCAGAUCUUUCUCAUAUGUAUUGCUGGUUACCCAUUCAUGCCUCUUCCACUUUUAACCCAAAUAAAUAUAUUAGAUUUGGCCCAACA